AUGGAAAACUUCGAAAAAAAGCAUGUGCAUGCGUUCUAUGAGGACUCUUCAAAAGAGUUUUCUGCGACCAGAUACAAAAUGUGGCCUACUGUGGAAUAUUUCUAUGCAAAGUAUGUGGGCAGCUCAGACACCAUACUGGAUGCAGGGUGCGGGAACGGCAGAAACAUCCUGUACCCUGAAAGAACGUUUGCACUGGACUACUCAAAGGGGCUUCUGGGGAUCGCGCGCGAAAAAAGCAGCGGAAUUGCGUACGCAAGGCAUGACUUGGGCGAUCCUCUUCCGGUGCGCGCCCGCAGUUUUGAUGUGUGCAUUUCCAUAGCUGUGAUUCACCACUUGUCAACGGAUGAAAGAAGGAGUCAGUCUGUGCGGUACAUGGUAGAUGCACUGAAAGAGGGCGGGCACUGCCUGAUAUAUGUGUGGAGCGAGUCUCCUGAGAGCAAGCCGUCUAAGUUUGUGAGCAUCAAGAACAUUGACAGCCCGGAAAUAGAGAAAAUAUGCAAUGUGUCGGCAAACGAUGUGUUUGUGGGCUGGAAAAAAACAAACAAUCUGAACCGAUACUACCACCUGUUUAGAGCGGGCGAGCUGGAAGAGAUUCUUUCGCACUGUCCUGUGGAGAUACUUGAGUCCGGAAAGGACCAUGGAAACUACUUUGCAAUUUGCAGAAAGCUUUCGGUUUUAAAAUAA